AUGGAGAAUCUUUGUAAGCAACAUGAAGCCGAUCUCCAACAAAUGCAUGUUGAGCAUGCUGCUUUCAGAACUCAAUGGCAGCAACAUCAGCCACCACACACACAUCAUGCCAGUCAUGUCUCCCCUGCCACCGAAGAACAUCAUUCUUCCCCAGAUCCUACUUAUUCAUCAAACCCAACUCGGACUCAUCGUUCCGAACAUACCCAUAUCAGUCGUCCGGUUGACGAUCACCACUCGGUUCGUCGACACCCCUUUGUUGAUGGAAUCAUGGAAGUUCCCCUUCCAACUACCUGGAAGUCGUUGAAUAUUGAGCGAUAUGAUGGCACUACAGACCCCGAUGAGCACAUCGAUGCCUAUAUCACUCAAAUCAACCUUUACACAAACGGCGAUGCCAUCAUGUGCCGUGUAUUUCCGACUUCCCUCAAAGGCGCCGCUCUUAGUUGGUACACCCAACUGCCAUCCAGAUCGGUUGACAACUUCAACACCUUGGUAUGA